UGUACAGCUUGUGCCUAAAAAAACAAGUGCUUGACCCAUCAACGAGAAGCGGAGAUUCGUCAGUCAACAACUACGACGCCAUCUUAUUACUUUAAAGUAGAGAGAGACAGAGACAGAUAGACAAGGUUGUCAUCAUAGCUGGGAAUUAUGAGCGGAGCUAAAGCCCGCAUCGACCCGCCUGUUGCUGCUGAGAAUGUCUCGAGCGCCGGGCACAGUUCUGCGACUCCUGCGCGGGAGCGCAAGCCAAGUGGAGGGGUUCUGAAGAGACUCAAGUCUCGGCGAAGCCAGGUUGAUAGUAGGCCCGUCACAGAAGACCAUCUGCGGACACAAGUUGGCCACGUCACCCCUGAAGAGGUCCUAGGAUUGCGGGUUGCUACACGGGGGUACCUGUGUAAACCAGAGGACAACAUCUUCGACAUAGAUUUCAUUCGCUUUAAAAUCAGAGACCUGGAGACAGAGACUGUGUUGUUUGAAAUUGCCAAACCACCUCAUACGGAGGAAGACGAGGAGAAUGGAGAGGGAGACAUGAGUGCAGGACGUUUCGUACGCUACCAGUUCACAGCAGCAUUCCUACAACUGAGGACAGUGGGAGCCACAGUGGAGUUUACAGUUGGCACCCGGCCUCUGAACAGCUUCAGGAUGAUUGAGAGGCACUACUUCAGGGAACACCUCCUGAAGAGCUUUGACUUUGACUUCGGCUUCUGUAUCCCAAACAGCCGCAAUACUUGCGAACACAUCUACGAGUUCCCUCAGCUGCCCGAGAGCUUGGUUUGUCAGAUGGUGGAACAUCCCUAUGAGACGAGGUCAGACAGCUUCUACUUUGUUGACAACAGACUGGUCAUGCACAACAAGGCAGACUACGCUUAUAACGGGGGCAGGCAUUGAGUGUGUGUGUGUGUGUGUGUGUGUGUGUGUGUGUGUGUGUGUGUGUGUGCGCGCGCUGUGCCCAAGCCUAUACUCACACCAGCAGACUCUCCCCCAAAUGUUGAUUACUGUAAGUUAAAAAGCCUUUGUUGUCAUGGUAUAGCUGUAUAGUAUGGAAACGUUUAAAAACAGCAGGACAGAGCCGCAUAGAGCCACAUAGACUACUGGCAGUAGUAUGGCAAAACUCUGCCAAUAGUGCUUUCUCUGUACCACCAAAAGGAAGCAGGUUGAACCCCAAUGAUGUGUCUCAACUAACCAAAUGGUUGAUUUUAGUGUGUAGUUGGACAGUUGAUGUACUGUGCACUCCUUGGCUUUUAAGGGAAAGCAUAUUCCCCACUUUUGUUGAACCAUGAGAAGCACUAGUUUCCCACCAAAUGCAGCUUUUUAGGAGUGAGUCAUACCCGUAAAAGACCCAACAAUGACCACACACACAGGCAGACAAACAAUCUUUCUCUCCCUAUUUCUAUUUCUCUCUAUCGUAACCUGCUGUACUCAGGCCCACACUCCAGUCUGGAAAUAUAAUUAAGAUGGGAAUGGGGAAGACAUCCACGCACUCACACACUCACCGUCAAAUACACAUGUUGUGGGGGUGCUUUCCUGCAGGAGGGACUGGUGCACAUUUCACAAAAUAGAUGGCAUCAUGAGGUAGGAAAAUUAUGUGGAUAUAUUGAUGCAAAAUCUCGAAGACAUUAGUCAGGAAGUUAAAGCUUGGUCGCAAAUGGGUCUUCCAAAUGGACAAUGACCCCAAGUGUAUUUCCAAAGUUGAGGCAAAAUGGCUUAAGGACAACAAAGUCAAGGUAUUGGAGUGGCCAUCACAAAGCCCUGACCUCAAUCCCAUAGAAAAUUUGUGGGCAGAACUGAAAAGGCGUGUGCAAGCAAGGAGGCCUACAAACCCGACUGAGUUACACCAGUCUUGCCAGGAGGAAUGGGCCAAAAUUCUCCCAACUUAUUGUGGGAGCUUAUGGAAGGCUACCCAAAACGUUUGACCCAAGUUAAACAAUUUAAAGGCAAUGCUACCAAAUACUAAUUGAGUGUAUGUGAACUUCUGACCCCCUGGGAUUGUGAUGAAAGAAAUAAAAGCUGAAAUAAAUAAUUCUCUCUACUAUUAUUCUGACAUUUCAAAUUCUUAUAAUAACGUGGUGAUCCUAACUGACCUAAGACAGGGAAUUUGUACUACGAUUAAAUGUCGAAUAAAUAAGUUCAAAUGUAUUUGGCUAACGUGUAUUUAAACUUCCGACUUCAACUGUAAUUAUUCGAGGAACAGAAUCAGAACCAGGAACGAAAGUGAUCUAUAAUGUUCCAGAACAGAACCAUUAUUUGAAAAGCCAUGGGAACCGGUUAAUAACAUUCUUCUUUGUUCCGGGCAUUUUUUUCCAUUCCUACAAAAAUUGCAACAAAGCGCCUAUGCAAAGCCCUCACUCUGUUACUCAGAAACGUAUUCCAGUAUCUGCCUGCCAGCUGGAAAUCUUUGCCAGUUUGUGUGCGUGUUUAGGCUACCUGCCACUUCCCAACCGAAGCAUAGGUUACUGUAGCCUACUUAAGCGUGAUUCAGAAAUUAGGGAGAGAGAUUUUUUUAUUAGAGAAGAAUGGAUUAACUUUUUCAAUGCUGGUUAAGGAUACUAUAGUUAUACCGUUUCACAUUGGAUUUAUUAACUACAAAAGAUAAGACGAGUUUUUAAUUCUAGUGCUGCUCUGCACACACAAGCUUGUUAGCUAAUGUUAUUUCUGGUCCAACAUUAAGCCAACUCUCUGAAGUUCAAAGACAUUCAAAGUUCCCCUACGUAUGGUCUAAUUAUACCUCCUGUGUAGGUAUAAUUCUUUGGGCCUAAUUCAGAUAAUGCAUGUCAUGACAAGAUGCCCUUCAAGACAGGCCUCCUAUACUUGUCCAUAGUGACUGACAGCACAUUGCACAGUGUGUGUGUUUGUCUUUCAUUAUGAUUGAACCAUGCUGUUACGGCAAAAGACAAUUUGCUUUUAACGACUUUCCUCUAAAGAUGAAAUAGCUUAUCCGCUCCAUUGCAAGCUGCUCUGUCCACACUGAUUGGUGAGGUAAUUUGAUGUCGAAAUGAAAGAGCAGAAAGGAACUAUAUAAUCUGGUGCUUUUCUGGGGUUCGAACCGGGUUCAAACUUUAUUUGGCUGGUCGGAAUAGUGGAAUGGACCCCCAAAAAAUGUGGAUUCUGUUCAGAACAAAACCAUUGGAAAAUCAUCU